GAAGUGGCGUCAUCACUGGGCGCCCGGCAGAAGGCCUCAGUCUAACGAGGUGAAAGAGGAUGCUAAGCCGGCUGCAGGAGCUCCGCAAGGAGGAGGAAACGCUGCUGCGUCUAAAGGCGGCCCUACACGACCAACUGAACCGCCUCAAGGUGGAAGAACUGGCCCUCCAAUCCAUGAUAAGUUCUCGAAGAGGGACUGAGACGCUCUCUUCUCAGCCUGCACCUGAACAGCUGUGUGAUAUGGCAGUGCAUGUAGACAAUGAAGCGUCCAUCAACCAAACCACACUGAAGCUGAGUACGAGGAGCCCUAUGGAGGAAGAGGAGGAGGAGGAAGAGGAAGAAGAAUCUGAUUCCUAAAGGGGAACAAGAGCUAGGAUGAGAUGCACGUCUGAACAGAGACAAGCAUGGGAGAGGCCUGAAAGCAACAUGGCAUGCCGCUGGGCAGAGGAGUUCCUCUGUGCUGUUUCCCAAAGGUUCAGAUGCUAGCGGCGUGGGUUGGUGUGCUGGGCUGGUUAAGCCCAAUGGUGGAACAGAGCCAACCUGCGAAGUCCACCUCCUCAGCAUCAGAUCUCUUGAUGAAAGCAUGAACCUGUGUGCAGAAAACAGAAAGGAAGUGCUCUUAAAAACUGCCAGGAAGGAAAAGCAAGAGUCUCAGCCUGGGUACCACUUGGAAGAUGCUUCUAAAUGUUCGCCCUUGAGCAGCAAGUAGGCCAGCUACAGCCCAAAGACCCUCUGCCACAUGUAUAAGCUGUGCAGGCCUGGGGCAACCUUGUCUCUCUGAGCAACUCUGGCUUGUUAGAAGGUACGCUACACUCAAGGCUACACAAGGCAUGGCGUCUGGAUCUUAAAGUAUCACGUUCCUGUGCCAUGUCAUUAAACAAGAACUAGAUGGAGAGUAACUCAGGAUGCUGGAAAUGUGAGGUGAACCAGUCAGAACUAGGAGAAAAAAAAAAAAAGGCCUGUCCUCAGGAAGGUUGUGGGCUGGUCCCCCUGUAACUCACAGGAGGACUGAGGAGACUGACGUCUGGCACUGUGCAGCCUCAACCCUGACUGAAGAACGGGGUGGGGUGGGGCAGGGCAGAAAAAUGGCUCAGUCGGAUGAAUAAACAGGCUCUGUGAGACUCACCAUGAGCUGCUUCAGAUCUGCCCUCUCUGCAGGGUUCUUUAUUAAGCUGAAAAGAGGAAAGAUGGAUGUGAGAACACUGCUUCCCAGUCACACUGCUCAGGUUUGCAUGCCUGCCCCUUAAACUGAAGGCUGAGGAGCUGGUGCCUGAGCCUCCCCAGCCUCCAUUCUAGGCACACCAUCAUGCCUAAGCACAUAAAUGAAGUCUUGCUGAAUUAAAUCAAGGUCAGGAAGCAACAGGAUGAUCCCUGCAGUCUAAGUGGAGCAGCACCCAGGAUCAGAUAGUCGUGAGUCCCAGCACUACAAGGGAAAUAGCAGCAGCCAGGGUUAAUGGAGAGGGAAAGGCUAAGACCAGGGUUCUCAGAGACAUGGUGCAAACUUACCAUUUAUUCACGAAAUCCUGAAAUUCCAGACUGAAUACUCCACUGGGCAGUUUUGGAGGAGGCUGCAAACAUGUCAACAUGUGAGACACUCUUGACUCCUGCUCCAGUCCCUCCCCAUCACACCCAUGCCUCUAGCCACUGCUACCCUUAGCAGUUCUGGGAAAGUGGCCUUGGGAAGUCCUGCUCCUCCUGGCUCACCUUGUUGGGACCAUUCAAGUAGUCUGCUACUCUGGUGACUGAACGAACUCACUGUUUCCCUCAGCCUGUUCACUCUCGUAUGAAGUAAGGUUGAGCUGUUAGCUCUAGAGCCCUGUGAGUUUAGACACUCAACUGCACAUAAGAGCCAGCAAGUUACCAACAGCAGAAGCUGCAGGGAGGCACAAACGAGGAAGCACCACUCAGGC